ACUGCUGGUCACUUGUGGGUGACACUUGGGGGCACAGGUGGGUGGCACUGGUGGGUGGCACUGAUCAUCAGGGUACUGAUCAUCAGUGCCCUGAUGAUCGGUGCCGAUCCAUCCUCUAACAAUUUCUGGGCACUGAUGAUCAGUGCCCUGAUGAUCGGUGCCCAGCAGUGACACCGCAAGUUCCGCUCAGCAGUGCGCCCACUAGCCCCGCCCACCCGUUCCCAGCAGUGCCCCCACCUGUGCCCAGCAGUGCCCCCACCUGUGCCCAGCAGUGCCCCCA